CAGGGAUAGAAUGAUACCAGAUACGUAUUGUUACAUGGAACGUUUAUAUAAACCAGUUUUAAAACUUAUAUUUUUGCAUUGAAAUAUUAAAUCGGAUUGGUACAGUUUUGCUAAAUAGUCAAUUGAGAAUAUAAACUAACUUGAAUUAAAAAAUAGACAAUCAUUGUUGAACAUAAUGGCGGACGGUGGAGAGGACGAUGAAGUUCCUGGGCGUGUCAAGGACACUUUGUGUAAACGCCGUGUCAAAGAAAUUAUGUGUCAACCAUGUUUAAGUAAAGAUAAGAAAAUUGUGGCUGACAAAUUUUGUUCAACGUGUAAUGAAUUCCAGUGUAUUGAUUGUUCAGGUGUGCAUAACGUGCUAGCAAUCUUUACAAGUCAUAAACUGCUAAAUGCAAAUGUAGCACAUGUAAUCAGAUGUGAUCAACACCAAAAGGUUUUAGAUUAUUUCUGUGAAGAUGAGAACAAGCUUUGUUGCAGAACUUGCGCCAUUGUUGAUCAUCGUGCAUGUAAAAGCAUUGCUGAGGUCGAGAAAAUUACCGGGGAAAUAACGUCAUCAAGUUCUAAUUUAGAUGAUAUAUUGCAGGAAGCCAAAUACAAUGCAGAAGAUAUUGCAAGAGACAUUAUCACUUCAAAAGAUCAACUUGUUCAAGACGUUCAAGAAAUACAAGCAAAAAUAAGAGAAAUGCGAGAUGAUGUAAUGAGUAUGUUUGACGAGUUAGAAGUUGCAAUUGUUAAGAGAGCCAAAACUCUUCAAGAAGAAACAUUAGAUAAUCUUGAAAAGAAGAAGUUACAAAUCGAGAAAUAUUUGCAUAAAGUUACAGCGUAUCUAGAAACGGUUCAAAGCAUUUUCAAAACUGGAACUCCAACUCAGAAAUUUAUAGCAGAACAGAGGAUGGAUAAUGAAGUCAAUUUUGUAUGCAGAAAUGUCAAUGAGGAAUGUCAGAACUUCCAAACGAUGACCAUUUCAUUUGAUUUUGACGAACAAUUAAAUCUACCACCAAAAUCAAUUACUGACUUUGUUCCUGGACAGCUCACAUUGAAAUAUCAUCCUCGGGAAAUUGUGAAUGCUGUAAAUCAGGUGAUGACAUUAACUCCAGGUUCUUCCAUUGAGUUAAAGAAGACUGGAGAUGACUUCGAACAACCAUUCUAUUCAGGAAUAGACUUUCUAUCCGAUGGUAGAAUUGUUGCUGUGGAUAAUAACAAUAAGAAAUUGAUAGUUUACAAUGAAAAGUUGGAAAAAGUAGGAUCAUAUCAGUUAUCUUAUCAUCCAUUGUCCGUUGUUGCUGUGUCUGAGGAUGAAGUAGCGAUAACAAGUGGAAGGGAAUGUAUAAUAGACUUCUUACGUGUCAGUAAAGUUAAUGAAAUAAGAUCAAGUAGAAAAUAUAAUGUAACAACGAAAUAUGAUUCUAUAUGUUUAAACCAUAAUAGCCAAUUUGUCGUAGGGACUUUUGAUUACCAAAUACCUGUUGAAAUAAUAUCAUUGGCAGGAGAACCAUACGUUUUUAGUAUCAACUUUCCGAAAAAGGCAUAUACUGAAGACACAAGCACUUGCACUUACAUACAGAACAGUGAUAAAGUGGUGCUUACAGAUAGAAACGAGCAUACUGUCUACAUAUAUGACGUCAAGACAAACACGAGAGUUGUGGUGAAGGAUAAGCCGAUAAAGGAACCAUGUGGUGUAGCAGUUGGUCCAUCUGAUACUAUCCUGAUUUGUAGUAAUGGAACAGACUCCAUUGUAGAAUUGUCACAAACUGGUCAGAUCUUAUCAUCACACAAGAUAGGUAUGAUAUUUCCGUCUAAAAUAUGUGUCUCACGAGAUAAGUCAAUUCUUGUUGUUACAAAUUCCUGUUUAGGAAACAUGAAAAUGCAGAAAUUUUCCGAGGUCAUUAUAGUUAAUAGCCGAGGACGUUCCGUAAGGCAUACACAAUUUACAUUAGAAGGUGAAAAUAAUCGGUAGUUUCAAGUGUGAUCAAGACAAUGCAUACAUGUAUAUAUAGUGAUUCGAUGUACGUAAGUCUCAUGUCAAAAUGUGACUUUCAUAAGUACACAAAGUUUCAAAACCAAAGUGUGAAGAAGUUGUAUAAUCGAGAUCAAUUGUGUUAAUCGUAUACAUGUACAUAUCGAGAUUAUCUUAUGAGUGAAAAAAUAAUAAUGAUUAUUUGUGUUAUUUGUAUUUUGGAUACAUCGUAUUUAAAGUUGAAAAUUAAACCACUCUUUUGACAUGCAUCAAACUGUUGUGUAGCACUGCAAAUGUAAUAAUUAACACGUUCUGUGUCAACGUUAUUUUAUUUCAUAUCUACCAUUGUUCGAAUAGUUGUGUACUGUAAAUAAAUCAUCAAUAUCCAUUCUGUUAGUUUCAUAUGUUUUCUUUAUGGAAUUGUUGUUGUGCAAUUGCUUAUAAACUAAUGGUCUAAUAUUUUUUCAUAAGUCAUAUUUGUACCUUUAAGGUAUGGUAUACUAUCCAUUAUAACGCAUGGCAACAUUAUUUAGGCGACACUUGAGUCGUAAGAUUAUUCUAUGAACAAGAAGUAUUGUUAACUGUAGCAUGAAAUUAUUUAACAAAUGUAGAUAUUUUAAUUAUCAUGUUCUUAUUGUGUUUAAUCAAGGUAAA